AUUCCAAUUCGAGGACAAGCCCGGGCGCCUGUUAGUUUCCCGGAGAUACCAGCCCUAGGUACAUACAACGUUAUUAGGCCUGAGUGGUUACAAUAAUUGCAUUCGUCUCGACUACCCACCGCCAUGCAUCUCUCCCACCAACUCUUCACAGUCGCCAUGCUUAAAGCGACCAUGGGCCUCGCCCUGUCCAUCAUCCCCAGCGCCGCGUGCGCGCAAAACGGGUGGCCCUCCCCCGAGCCCCUCCUCGGCACCAUCCCCAACAACCCCACCGCACAGACGCUCGACCCAGCCCUAAUCCGGCGCUCCGACGGCAAGCUCUUCCUCUACACGACCGCGAAGAACGGCAGCGUCUGGACGGCCUCCUCCCUCCACGGCCCCUGGACGCACGAAGGCGUCGCCGAGCUGCGCGAAAACGGGGGCGCGCCCUCGAUCCACCAGGUGGGCGACACGUACUUCCUGUACAUCAACAACCACGAGUUCGACUACGGCAGCGUCGGGGAGACGGACCCGGACAUCCGGAAGUGGUUCCACAACUCGAGCGUGCUGGCCGCGUCGUCGCGGACGCUCGAGGUCGGCUCCUGGACGCAGCACGGGCGCCUCGAGAUCGACUGGGCGAAGCGCUACAACAUCCUCGACGCGGCCCUGCUCACCGUGGAGGCGGAGGACGGCGGGACCGGGAAGCGGCAGCAUCUGCUGUCGUUCGGGUCGUACCAGCAGGGCAUCUUCCAGAUACCGCUUGCCGACCCGCCGACGAGGGUCGCGGAGGGCGCGAACGAGGAGAUCACGCAGCUCGCGAACAACCGCACCAACAGCCGGCUGUUCAGCACGGGGCCGACGGAGGCGAGCUAUGUCUUCCGCUGGAAGGAGUGGUACUACAUGUUCUUCUCGUCGGGGCGGUGCUGCAAGCAGCAGGACGGUACGUGGCUUGGCGCUGGGGACGUGUAUAAGGUGAUGGUGUGCCGGUCCAAGGACCCGCGCGGCGGGUUUGUUGACGAUGAGGGUGUUGACUGCGCGAAGGAGAAUGGUGGCAAAGAGAUCCUCGGUAGCCAUGACGAUAUCUGGGCGCCGGGUGGACAGGGCGUCAUGGUUGAUGAGGAGGCCGGGGGCCCGAUUAUUUAUUACCAUUAUGUACCGUACAACGUCAAGACGCAGACGCCGGCUAACGAAUUCCGCUUCGGUUGGAACAAGCUGAAAUUCUGCGGUGGGUGGCCGUAUGUUGCCUGA